AUGCGGCCGACAUUGCAGAAAUACACGCAGCUCACAGGUGCGUUGCUCCUCGGGCUUGCGCUAGUAGCAAGUGUACAUGGCCAUGGCCAUGGAGACGAUACCAGUAGGGAAAUGGACAUGGGCCAGCCUUCCAUAAGCCGCCCAACAUUAUCUCUAGAUACAGUCGCUCCAGAAGCGACUGCGGGACCGCAGAGUUAUUUUCAGUAUGGCGAAUAUUCGGGAUGGAUAGUAGCACAUAUAGUGCUUAUGACAAUAGGCUGGGUCUUUGUUCUGCCAAUAGGGGUUAUGCUGUCCCUUGCACAAUCGCACUACAGCCUUCCAAUGCAAUUUGUCUUCCUGGCGAUCAAUGCGGUGGGAGUGCUCCUAGCCACCAUAUAUAACGCAAGCACGCCUGAUCUCUACCCCAACAACGCCCACCACAAGCUCGGAUGGAUCUUAACUUGGGUAAUUAGCGCACAUGUGCUCAUGGGCCUUGUAAGCGCAUACGCAGGACGAAGGGAAGACCUCAAGCAUGAAGAGCGCGGAUCUUUCAUCCAAAUUUCCACCGCUGCAAUGGAAGAGCACCAGCGCCUGCAUGGCCAGGAGACUUUCCGCUACUCCAAUGAUAGUGGGCAAGGCACCGAACCGGACACCGAGCGUUUAAGGAGCCACUCGACGUCUUCGACUAGGUCGGAUCAGCACCAGCUAUGUGAUGUUCACCUAGAGCGGGAAGAUGAGUAUAGCGAAAAGGAAGGUCUAAUUCCCAGCAGCCGGAUAGACCGGUUCUUCUCCAGGAAAAUCCCAGGUUUGCUCUCUGCGAGGGCACUCCGUGUUAUGCAGCUUGCCUAUGGCUUUAUUGAUCGUGUGAUAUUGAUCAUGGGGUUCAUCGGCAUUGCAACGGGCAUAGUCACUUACGGUGGCCUCUUCAUGGGUGCUCAAAUUUUCAGCGGGCUGGCCCAUUGGAUCAAGGGCGGGGUAUUCUUUUGGUAUGGAAUAUUGACACUAGGGCGGUGGGCAGGCAGCUUUGCAGAUAUUGGUUGGGCAUGGAAUAUUAACCUGUCGAGAGGAAGUCGUAGACCGACGGCGGAAUUCGUGGAAAGCCUGCUCAUUUUCAUCUACGGCUCGACCAAUAUUUUUCUCGAGCAUCUGGCAGCCUGGGGGAACGAAUGGUCUGCUCAAGAUCUAGAGCAUAUCUCUAUUACCGUCAUGUUUAUUGGUGGCGGAGCCUGUGGCAUGCUUGUUGAAUCAAAACGGAUCCGGGAUCUCCUAAACACAACAAGCCCACCUCCCAAUUCGCAUCUUUCAAACCUUACAAAUAAGGAGCUUGAACUACUAGAACCGAAGAGCUACAGAUUUUCCAUGAAUCCCAUACCGGCUCUAAUCAUCCUUCUCCUGGGCCUUAUGAUGAGUUCCCACCACCAACACUCGAUGUUCUCUUCCAUGAUUCACCAGCAAUGGGGAAUUCUCCUCGUCGGAGCAGCAUUUGCGCGUGCAGCAACAUACAUCAUCUCUUAUAUCUCCCCCCCAACCUCGGUUUUACCUGGGAGACCGCCGACGGAGUUGAUUACGGCUUUCUGCCUGAUGGCUGGUGGGUUGAUAUUCAUGGUUAGCUCCCAUGACACGGUAACCUCAUUGGAGAGUUACGAUCUUGACGCUAUGUUCGUCUUCACCGUUUCCAUGGGCGUCAUUACGCUCCUGAUGGCUUGGAUCAUCCUAGUAAUAGCUAUUAAAGGCUGGGCCCUUAAAAUUAAAGGUAGAUCUGCCACCAAUUCUACCUUUGUUGGAUAUCGCCGAGUGGAAACGGCGUAG